AUUUUGUUACAUAAGGACUGUGUUUAGUGCUGAUGUAAUGUACAUGAAAAUCAAGUGUUAGCUUGUGACAAUAACUAUAACUAUAUAUUGUUUGGUGCGGAAUUCAUACAAGUAUUAAGACAUUCACGAAUCACGCCCUCCAGAGGAAAUUCUUGGAAUUAUUAUUCGGCUGUGAAACUUUAAAAACAACUGAAUGAGAAUUUUGUGAUGGUUAUUAAAAGAGGACUGGCAUCCAUUCUGGAACUGUGAUGCACUGACAUUAAAUACACAUCAAUAUAAGUUAUAAAAAUGUUUGUACAUUUGUAAUGUGUAUUGGUUAAUCAACAUAUGACCUCAUUGACCCCUGAGUUUUAUACAUACUGUGUAUACAUUUACAAGUAAACAACAUGCCUCGUUCAAACAAACGGAAACUUGAGCAGGAAAAUGCUACAAAGGAAAAAUUGCUUGGCAAUCAGGAAAACGUAGUACCUUCAGAAGUGAGUACAUCGAAGACUCGCUUUAAAAUGGAGGAAAAAGACAGUAAAGAUGACGAUAAAAACAGUAAAGAUGGUGAUCAAGACAGUAAGGAUGAAAGUGAUGGAGUAUUUGUAUCUGAUGGAAAGCAUGGUACGCCAUUGACGUAUGACCCAACAUUUAAUGGACCAAUCAAGAAAAGAUCCUGCACAGACAUCAUAUGCUGUCUACUGUUCAUCAUAUUCAUUGGAGGAUUUGCUGGAGUGUCUUACUUAGCAUUCAGCAAUGGUGAUCCCUAUCUACUGCUGUACCCAGUGGAUUCCAAUGGAGACUUGUGUGGAUAUGGCAAGAACAAGGGAAAGGACUAUCUGUUUUUCUUUGACCUUGUUCAGUGUGGAAGGAUGGGAGUAGGGAUCUUUGUGUCAGGGUGUCCCACUCCACAGGUGUGUGUAUCAGCAUGUCCUGAUACAAACUAUGCCUACCUUACUGAUGCAGCUACGAGCUCUGAUCUUAAGUUCUGUAAAUCAGGAUAUGAUACCUCGCAAUCAAGGGAUGCUCUUGUGCAAGGGGACCAAUGUCCUGCAUAUUUCUUGGAGAGCUCUCCUCACAGCUUUUUCAUCAACAGAUGUGUGCCUCAAGUCCUCAUUGAUUUCCUGGAUGUGGGAGGCAGUCUUAUCACCAAAGUGCAGAAAGAUGUAGGCAAUAAAAACCUAACAGACUCAAAGAAAGGUUCCAUCACACUGGAAUCUCUGGCCGAAAACCUUGACAUAUUUGGAAUAUUUCUGAAAGCAAAGGAGUAUGCAGAGAAGAUUGUUGCUGAUAUUGUGGCAACUUGGUGGAUGAUGCUUGUAAUCCUGAUCCUGAGCAUGAUUGUCUCCCUUAUAUGGAUCACCAUAAUGAGAUUUAUAGCAGGCAUAAUGGUGUGGAUUACCAUAUUUGCAUUCCUGGGAUUAUUUGCUUUUUCAACCUUCUGGUGUUUUCGGAGCUACGUCAAUUUGGAUGGCGAUGAGGAGUUCAGCGUCCAUAUUGUCUCUAUCGUCCUACAUUGGUCCAAGCCAGACAUGUUUCUGGCAUUCGGUAUCAUCUCGGCCGUGAUUUUGCUGAUCAUCCUCAUAGUUCUGCUGUUUCUCUGUCAAAGGAUCAGAAUAGCUGUAUCUCUUAUAAAGGAGGGUAGCAGGGCCAUUGGGAAGAUGAUGUUUACGUUGAUAUUCCCGAUAUUUCCAUUCGCUCUACAGCUGGGAGUGUUGGCCUAUUGGCUCUCUGUUGCCACAUUCUUGGCAUCUACUGGGAGAAAGCAGGACUUCACUGUGAAUGAGAACAACACAGAUUAUUGGAACCAAACUGCAAAUGAUUGGAACUAUCUCAAAAUUGUGGCGGACACGUCUUCACUGUUUGGGGAAACAUGUUCAGAAAAUACAAACACAACAAGUGAUUUCUGCACUUUUUUGAAGAAUGCAGAAGAAAAUUUUGUGAUAUAUGGACAGGUGUUCAGUCUGUUCAUGUUUUUCUGGCUGUUGAACUUUGUCGUGGCUGUUGGUCAGAUGACCUUAGCUGGGUCUUUUGCCUCCUACUACUGGGCUUUUGAGAAACCCAGAGACAUCCCAACAUUCCCACUCGCUGCUGCAUUGUGGAGAUGCUUCAGGUACCACCUUGGCUCUCUGGCCUUUGGGUCCCUCAUCUUGGCCAUAGUGGCAAUGAUCCGUGUAUUAUUGGAGUAUAUAGAUGCCAAGCUCAAAGGCACUGAAAAUCCUGUUGGAAAGUUUUUGAUCAAAUGUUUAAAAUGCUGUUUCUGGUGUCUGGAAAAAUGUCUCAAGUUUUUAACCAAAAAUGCUUACAUUAUGGUUGCCAUACAUGGAAAGAAUUUCUGUUCUUCUGCCAAAGAUGCCUUUAUGCUGAUUAUGCGAAAUAUAGUCAGAGUUGCUGUUGUUGACAAAGUCACAGAUUUCAUUAUGCUGCUGGGAAAACUGGUGAUAGUGGGAGCAACUGCUGCUGGAGCCUACUUCUUCUUUAGUGGUGGAAUAGACUUCCUGAAGGACUACACGCCUACUCUCAACUUUUAUGUUGUCCCUAUUGUGAUUGUGACCAUAGUGUCUUACGUUGUGGCCAGCUGCUUCUUCAGUGUCUACUCUAUGGCUGUGGACACACUGUUCCUCUGCUUCUUGGAAGAUUUGGAAAGGAAUGAUGGUUCUGUCGAGAAGCCAUUCUACAUGAGUAAAGAUCUGAUGAAAAUCCUUGGCAAGAAAAAUGUGGUUAUGGGGGAUAAGAAGAAGAAGGGAUCACAAGGAGAGAACUUUUAAAGACAUAAUCACCUUGGUAACAGUGUCAGGACAAUCAGUUGGAUUAACAGGUAUAAAAACGUUGCCAUGGAAAUCUUUUUACUAAAGGAUUGGAACUUCGUCCCAGGCCAAAAUGAUCAAAUUAAAUAGAAAAUAAUUGAAUUAAAGCCAAAACGACAAUGAGAGCUUUACAGUUAUAGCAGGAGCAUCGUUGCAAUGAAAGUUUGAUUUUGCUAUUUUGUAUUCCUCAUAGCUACACCUUAGAUAAUUAAGAAAUUUAAAUUAAAUUUCAUGAAAUAUUGAAAUGAUAUUAAAAUAGACGUUCAUGUGAAUUGCCCUGAUACAGUAGCAUAUAUAUUGGUACAUAGUGGUACCUUUGCUCAUGAAUCCUACAUUUGCUAUAGUGAUAAGUUAGGUCUCAACCGAAAAGCUGAAAGAAAUACAUGGUUAUUUUUCUGUUGUGCAGUAAUCUGAACUUAAUCAUAGGAAUGAAGUGUGAGUUCUGGCAACCAGUCUACAAGUGUGUACUAAGAAAUUCGAUAACAAAAAUGAAUGGCUUUCAUUGUUAAUGGAGGUCUAGAAAUGUCUUAAGAAAUAUCAUAUCGAAACGUCACAAGAGUUUUUCAAUCUGGUCAGUUUUUGAUAUGUUUACUGUAUGUCUGUGUUCAAAGAUAGUAGAUUAGUAAGUGUAUUCAAUACAGAUGCUGGACAUCUUGAGUUGAUAUGGUGAUAUGUUGCCAUGGUAAUUGAUUCACUCUAAAUGUAUAUGAGGUGGUCAUGUGCAGUGGCACGCUGUGGCAUAAUUAUAUACUAGAGGCGAGUAUUGAUGUAAUAAUCUUUAAGUCCCAAAUGCGAUUAUACUAUUUAUUAUUAACUUUUUUCAUGUCUGAUUUGCCAAUUGUUUUUCAAAAUGAAAUAGAUAUAACUAAAUUGACAUUGAUAAAAAAAUCUAAGCCAUUUUGAAAUCAUAAACCUGUCAUGAUUGUAUUAAUUUUGUAAAUAUAUAAUAAUGUGUCAUAAUAUAUUGAAUUGUAGAAUUUGACUUGUUUUGUUGAAUAUACAUGCAGACGUAAUUUAUUCUAGUUUGAGAUGAUAUAUACAUUCUGUAUAUACAAUGUAUAUGUACAAUUAUGUAUACAUGUAAGUUCAGGAGUUAAACUGUUUGCCACACCAGAAGAGAGAGGUGAAAAGAACCAAGAAAAAAAGACUGACAAUCACAAAUGUGUAUGUUACAUUGUACGUUGUUUUGAAAGUUGCUAAUUUGUUAGGAUUCUAUUCAAUAAUAAAAAUCUUGAUUUCUUAAUAAUCAGCGAAAUAUCUCAACAAAAUAGAAACAUGUACCAUACUUAUUCUACCAUGGCCAAGGUUUGCCUGACUUAUUAUUUUACAUUUAUUUCAUGUAUGAAGCAGUUACUUACUGUGAAGGCUAUAUUCAGUGACAUAUCACUAUAGGUAAUGGAAACCAAUAUCAAAUACUGGAAAGAAAUGUUUGUACAAAUAAAAAUAGUUAUGGUCUGUAAAGGCUUUAUAAUAGAUAAGUCUAAUAAUCUGUCCAAAUCUGUCCAACUACAAACUGUGAUACUUGCACAUUCUGGAAACACUUCAAUUAAUUUGUUAACUCAUUAUGAAGAUGAUUGAAUGAUUGUCUUUCACAUAUCAAUAUCUUGAAGAUUUAAAAGCAAACCGUCACUUACUUAUUUCAUUGGUAAACUGCAAAUCAAAUAUAAAUUCUAUUCCACAAUAUCCAUACGGAUACGUGAUAAUCAUAACAUUCCAUUGAGCAUUUCCAGUUUUGAUUAAAUAUGAUCGUAUCGUUUUUCAUUUCGUUUGUUUUUAAAAGUUCGUUUAAGAGCAGUCAGAUUGUUCGUUGAAUCAUGAAGAUAUCAAUAUUGUCAUGUGCGUGAGGUUUUGAUCUAUCAUGAUCUCUGGAACAGGUUAUUGUUGAAUGACGUUUUGCUAUAAAAGAUGAAGAAUAGUGCAAUGAUUAGAAGCUGAUGGCACCGUAAUAUGUCUGUAUAUUUUAGAUUUCUUGUAUAUAUGUGAUAUUUGAUUUGAGCUUUGGCGAGUUGACUUUAAAAGUAUUUGCAGAUACUACAUUGAAACAUUGUAUGAACACCUUUCAAUCACACGUGGUCACAUGUUUCAUUGUAAUUGCAGUAUCUUUAAAAUGUCAUUGUAUAUAAAUAACUGCUACAAUCAAACAGUUGAUUUUGAACUAUACAGUACGUUAGCUGUGAUAAUCUUUUGAUGACAACUCAUUCUUCUCAGUGUAUAUCAUGUUUUAUUAUAGAAUCAUGAAAGGCGGUUAUGACGAAUUGCUGUUAUUUCUAUAUGAAUUGCUGCUAUUGUUAAAUCAUUAUGCCUAUUGUAUUUUAUCAAGAACAAAUAGUUUUGUGAAGUAUUUUUAUAAUCAUCAAUUGAUGAAAAUUAUAAAAAAAAAAGAAAGAAAAAAGAAGAAUUUCUCUCGUUUAAGUAAAUCCACACCGAAAAACUCCGUCGAUUUAAUAUACGAAACACUAAUAGUUAUGUAGUAUAGUUAUUUUAAAGAAAUCCAGUUUGAGUAUUCAAAUAUAUUGUUAAAUAAUGAAUAAAGAAAUAAUUAUUGCCAUGUUAUAAUGUAUAUGUACAAAAGACACUAUUUUUUUUAUUAAACAUAUCAUAUUUCAAAUUAUAUAAUUCUGUUUGUAUGUUUUCCUGUUGACUAUUCGUUGAAAUUCUCUCGGUGCUAUUAAACCAAUGACGUCCAA